CUGGGGGCGGGGCCAGGCCGGGGGUCCAGGAUUCUCCGCCAGCCUGCGGCUCUGAGGCCUGCAGCCGUCCAGCCACCUCUUCUCUUGGAGCGGGAGGCACAGGAGGACCCGUCCAUGGACCGAGCGGCCGUGGCGAGGGUGGGCGCGGUAGCGAGCGCCAGCGUGUGCGCCCUGGUGGCAGGGGUGGUGCUGGCCCAGUACAUAUUCACCUUGAGGAGGAAGACGGGCCGGAAGACCAAGAUCAUCGAGAUGAUGCCAGAAUUCCAGAAAAGUUCAGUUCGCAUCAAGAAUCCUACAAAAGUAGAAGAAAUUAUCUGUGGUCUUAUCAAAGGAGGAGCUGCCAAACUUCAGGUAAUAACAGACUUUGAUAUGACACUGAGUCGAUUUUCCUACAGAGGGAAAAGAUGCCCAUCAUGUCAUAAUGUCAUUGACAACUGUAAGCUAAUUACAGAUGAGUGUCGAGAAAAGUUACUACAACUAAAGGAAAAGUAUUAUGCUAUUGAAAUUGAUCCUGUUCUUACUGUAGAAGAGAAGUACCCUUAUAUUGUGGAAUGGUAUACUAAAUCACAUGGUCUGCUUAUUGAACAGGCUUUACCAAAAGCCAAACUUAAAGAAAUUGUGGAAGAAUCUGACAUUAUGCUCAAGGAAGGAUAUGAGAAUUUCUUUGAUAAGCUCCAACAGUACAAUAUCCCUGUGUUCAUAUUUUCGGCUGGUAUCGGUGAUGUGCUAGAGGAGGUUAUCCGUCAAGCUGGUGUUUAUUAUCCAAAUGUCAAAGUGGUGUCCAACUUCAUGGAUUUUGAUGACAAUGGGCUGCUCAGAGGAUUUAAAGGAGAACUAAUUCAUGUGUUUAACAAACAUGAUGGUUCCUUGAAGAAUACGGAAUAUUUCAAUCAACUAAAAAAUAAUAGCAACAUAAUUCUGCUGGGAGACUCCCAAGGGGACUUAAAAAUGGCAGACGGAGUAGCCAAUGUUGAACACAUUCUGAAAAUUGGAUAUCUAAACGAUAGAGUGGAUGAGCUUUUAGAAAAGUACAUGGACUCUUAUGAUAUUGUUCUAGUAAGAGAUGAAUCAUUGGACGUUGCCAACUCUAUCUUACAGAAGAUUCUAUAAGUAAGCAUUCUUCAAGAAGACCUCUCACUUGUGGGUGCAACUGAUGCAAGAGCUGCUCAUCUGUCUGUCUUGCUAAAAGACUAUUAUUUAUAAUACAUUCUUGCUCUUGAAGUUUCUUCUCUACAUUACUGAAGUAUUUUCAGAUUGGUUGAAUCCAUCAACUGGAAUCUCCUUUUUCUCCACUUCUCUCAGCACACUCCUCACUGUUUUUAACAGAUUAGAAAAAACAAAACAGAGGAAAAAUUUGAAAAAUAACGCUACAUUUCUAGAGUCAGUUUUGUAGCUUAAUGUUAUUAUGAAGUUUUUGAAGAGUUUUUACAUUGGGAAAGCUUGUAGAAGUUUAAAAAGUUUUAUGAAAUGGUGAAAUAAUGUACAUGAUUUUAAGUGUUGUCAUUUUUAUAACUUGGCUGAAUUAUGAUGAUAGUAUUACCAUCUCCUAAAAUUAUAGUAUGUUUGGUUAUUUUGUUUGAUGAAAAGCAGUAUUUACCAAAAAAUACUGGCACUUGAUGUUUGAAAAAAUCUAUUGGUAUCUUCAUGUCACUAAAUCAUUACAGAAUGUUCUAUAUUGAAGCACUGAUGAUAAACAUGAAAUGAAAAGCCUUUUU